CCGGCGUGGCGCCCCCGGCCCGGAGCUCAGCUUCCUCCCCUCGCGCCGGCCGCAGCUGACCCGGCGCCAGGAGCCGUCAGGGCCCCGGGCUGAAGUGAAAAGCCCACGGAAGAAACAUGAGGUUCUCCUGGAAAUUACUCAAGAGGAAGAUGGAAGGGGCUGUUUAAAAUAAAUUAAAAGCUGCAGGCCGCAAGACUGGGGCCAGAGGGCUGGCAGUGGAAAACCCUGUUGGGUUGUGAACCCUCACUGAAAAGUACCAGGUGCCUUUUUGCUUCCUGCAAAAGAAAGGAAGAGAAGGAGAAGACCAUGUCCAUGGCUUUGAAGCAGGUGUUCAACAAGGACAAGACCUUCCGGCCUAAGAGGAAAUUUGAACCUGGCACACAGAGGUUUGAGCUCCACAAACGGGCUCAGGCGUCCCUCAACUCAGGCGUGGACCUGAAGGCGGCCGUGCAGCUGCCAUGUGGGGAGGACCAAAAUGACUGGGUGGCAGUGCAUGUGGUGGACUUCUUCAAUCGGAUCAACCUCAUCUAUGGCACCAUCUGUGAAUUCUGCACCGAGCGGACCUGCCCUGUGAUGUCAGGGGGCCCCAAAUAUGAGUAUCGGUGGCAGGAUGACCUCAAGUACAAGAAGCCAACUGCACUGCCAGCUCCCCAGUACAUGAACCUUCUUAUGGAUUGGAUCGAGGUCCAGAUCAACAACGAGGACAUAUUUCCAACGUGCGUGGGUGUUCCCUUCCCAAAGAACUUCCUUCAGAUCUGCAAGAAGAUCCUGUGUCGUCUCUUCCGGGUCUUCGUGCACGUGUACAUCCACCACUUCGACCGGGUCAUCGUGAUGGGAGCAGAGGCUCAUGUUAACACGUGCUACAAACACUUCUAUUACUUCGUCACAGAGAUGAACCUCAUAGACCGCAAGGAACUGGAGCCCCUGAAAGAGAUGACGAGCAGGAUGUGUCACUAACGCCCCAGCUUACCCUUCGGAAGAAAGAGAAAAGCUGUUUCCUGCUGGAGCCCUGAGCGGGGAGGAGGGAGAGCUCCCUGGCUGAAAUGGCGCACCUCCUUCCAGAAGCGGGCGAGGUGGAGACAAGCGGUGGCUACGGUGGCUCCGAGAGACGUUCUCCCCUCCCCCCGGACGCUUUUGGCGGUCUGAGUGCUGCUAGCCCCAGGUGUGGACCUGGCCGACCUCGGCUGGGAGAAGGACCGCCCCUCCACCUUCCCGGCUCCGAAUCUUCCAGAAGACGGCGCUGCCCUCCGUGCGUGUCACAGUCCUGUCUGUGACCUGCCGCCUAAGCUUCACUGGAAUUCAGGUUUAGAGACUGAGAUACCUAUUUGUAGUUUUCCACUUAUCUGCCUUGUCCGCUGGCCGACUUUUCUGUAACGUGUUUUCUAAGUACCCAGUGAAUUUUGGAACUCUGGAUGCUCAGCAAGUUCUUCUAUAACAAGCCUUCGUGUUCAGGUCUUGGAAAGCUCCUGCCUUGAUCCUGUGGUCCAACUUGUAAGUCAGAGACCUGAGACCCAGCCCGCAGCAUCAACACAGUUUCCCUAAUUGGGAGUUUUAUCAGGGACCACUCCAUGGGGGGCUUGUCUCUGCCCCACACAGGGUCUGCACGCUUUACCUACAGGGAAGAGAGUGGUUGCUGGUAUAAGGCUGACGAUUUACCAGUUCACCUUGAACAGAAUGUGUUUCUUGUAACCACACCAUUCCUUGCCUCUUCCAUUCAAGAUCUUUUUUACUGUUUCCCAGGAGAGAGAAAUAAAAGGAAGUUAUAAAUGACCAAGAAGGAUCAGCAGAAGCCCUGAGCCACAUCAGUGCAGCGUUUGUCCUUUAUGAAAGGGGAGGGAGUCGUGGCUGACUCUGCCUAACACUAAAAUUUCACUGAAAAAGACAAAAGUACAAUUGGUUAUUCGGUGCGUGUAGCUGAAACGCCCAGCUCAUUGAUUUACAGCCUUCCUAACGGUCCCUCUGCGUUUCUAAAUCCAGCCGAUGUUUUCUUCCUCUUCCUCCACGCUCCCCCCUCCGCUGCUCUGUUAUCUUAUGGCACAAAAUUAAUUUCUGCGCCUCUCAUUGUGCCACAGUUGCCCGGGUAACAGUGGAGCUGGAGCUGACUUCCUUCUUCCAUCCGUCCCAAUUUUUCUAUUCCAGUAGACAGAAUAAUGCAGUCUGUGCUACAUCCUGCCUUUUGAAACCUAAGUGAGUUUUAGUUGAAUGUUGCCUUCUCUGAUUCAUGCGCGAAACUGUGGUGGCCGUGACAGCCUGUGACUAGGGGUAAUAGUACUUCCAUUGGAAUUUGACAAAAUCGCAGUUGGUGGAGGGAAGUAGAUAAGAAUGUAUUAGUGUGUUUUAAUGUAAUACUGAUUAAAGAAUAACUAAAUAGUUCUGA